AUGCCCCGCGUCCCCACAACCAGAGAGGUUGUGCCCGGUGCCCCCGUCAACAUCAUCUUAAAAGCUGACCAAUCAACCGGUCGCACCGUCUCAGGAACCAUCGCCGACGUACUCACCCGAGGAAACCAUCCCCGGGGUAUCAAAGUCCGGCUCACGGAUGGCCGGGUAGGGCGAGUGCAAUCCAUGGGGACGGGGGGUUCUUGUCCUCCACCUGACCCAACACAGGGUCAGAGGACAAGAAGGACUACUUCUGAAGCAGAGCUUCCGUCGCAGAAUAUCGGUCUAGAUGCGUAUAUGGUUAGUACAAGACCGCGGCGGGGUGCACGUCGGGAUGAACCUCAACAGCCCGUGCAUGAUGGAUCGGUGGUGACAUGUCCGGUUUGUGGGGUGUUUGAGGGUGAUGAGACUGCUGUUGCGCAUCAUGUUGCUGGGCAUUUCGCGGAUUGA